UCUAUUAGACGUAAUUAUUUUUAGAAUUAUCUGUCAGGGCAUAUUUGUGUUGUCAAAAUGUUGAGAUUUUUGAGUCGACGAAAGGGGCGCAGUAGCUCUCAUAAUAGUAGUAGCCAAAUUAAGUCUCAAAGGAUAAUAGCUAAUAAACAUAUUGUACAAUGCAGGGUAAUUCUAUUGGAUGGUUCAGAUUUGCCUGUAGAAUUAUCUAAAAAGGCUGUAGCAGGAGAUUUAUAUGAACAAGUAUUUUACUCAUUAGAUCUUAUUGAAAAGGACUAUUUUGGUUUGCAAUAUACUGAUGCCAAUAAUGUUAAACAUUGGCUUGAUCCAACAAAAGCAAUAAAGAAACAAGUUAAAAUCGGACCGCCUUACACACUUCGAUUGAAAGUAAAAUUUUACUCUUCAGAACCUAAUAGUUUAAGAGAAGAGUUGACAAGAUAUCAGUUUUUCCUUCAAUUGAAGCAAGAUAUUUUAGACGGAAAGUUAGAAUGUCCAUACCAAACUGGUUUAGAGUUGGCAGCUUUAUCUCUUCAGUCUGAGCUUGGUGAUUACGAUGAUUCUAUUCACACUCCUGCUACAAUAUCUGAAUUUCGUUUCAUUCCAAACCAAACAGAAGAAUUUGAAAUUGCAAUUUUGGAGGAGUAUAAAAAGUAUAGAGGAUUAACACCUGCGCAGGCUGAGGCGAAUUAUUUAAAUAAAGUGAAAUGGCUUGAAAUGUAUGGUGUCGAUAUGCACACAGUAUUGGGUAAAGAUGGCUGUGAAUAUCAUUUGGGUUUAACCCCAACUGGCAUAUUAGUGUUUGAAAAUGCUCAGAAAAUAGGACUAUUUUUUUGGCCUAAAAUUGGUAAAUUAGAUUUCAAAAAGAAAAAAUUAACUUUAGUGGUAGUUGAGGAUGACGAUCAAGGCCGAGAACAGGAACAUACUUUUGUUUUCAGGUUGCAUAAUGAGAAAGCUUGUAAACAUUUAUGGAAAUGUGCAGUUGAACAUCAUGCAUUUUUUAGACUUCAGGCACCUCUCAAGGGCCCUUCUGCAAGACAGAAUUUUUUUAGAAUGGGUUCCCGAUUCAGGUAUUCUGGAAAAACAGAGUUUCAAACAACUCAACAAAAUAGGGCUAGACGAACAGUGCAAUUUGAAAGAAGGCCUAGCCAAAGAUUUGCAAGGCGACAAUCACAUGUUCUUAGAGAACGUCAAAGACAGGUCAACCAGCCAUGUGAAGAUCCUGAAACCUCCAAAGUGGUCAACGUAACAGGCGAUACAUGUUCUAGUUCAAUAAGUGAACCUUCAAACAAAUCUGUUUGUAGUGAUAAUGAUAACACAAAUUCCAUUGAACGCAAACCAAGGUCACCCAUGAAGAGGAGAACAUCUUCAUCAAGCCCUGGAGUGUCUCCUGUGUCAAGUAACAAGGGUACUUUGUUGAAAAAAGACAAUGACACCUUGAAAAGGACUACGCUUUUGACACCAGAAAAAUCACCCGAAAGUGAUCUAGAUACGCUCUUAAAAAGUAUUGCUAAGGAAACUAUUGGUGGCUCAAGAGUAGAUGAUCCUAGAAAUGAUAUAGCAAAUGCAAAAGACGUAAUUAAUAAAACACAAGAUAUUGAUAAUGAUUGCCUGAAAAAUAUGACAUUGGAUGUUCCAAAUAAUCAUACUAAAAAUGCAUCAGUGACAUCCAAAACCUUGCCAAUUGAGCAGUUGAAGUGCAAUAUUUUGAAAGCUAAAGUUGAAGAGGGUUUAAAUAAUAUUUCAACUGGAUCUUCGUCUUCAUCAAUAUUAUCCAAACAAUUAUUUUUGAAUGCAUCUUUACAUUCAGAUCAGGCAAAUAAUGAUAAUCAUGAUGUAGCUACCCUUGUUGCUGUGGGUGGUGAUAAACUAACUCUGUCCCUCUCUGGAAUAAAAAGUACAUUUCAAAAUAAUGCAAUGGAACCAAGAAUAAGCAAAAAUGAGUUUGAUAACAAAGUCACCAAUGAAUUAAGAAAUGAUGCAAACCUGAUUCCUGUAACUGUGACACAUUUUUCUGAUCAGCGUGGUAUAAUAGAAAGGGUUGUACUUCCUUCUACAGAGCAGAGCACUCAAAAUCGUCCCAGCUUGUCUCUAACAAUCGCACCUUCAGCUUUUUUAAAUGCAUCUAAUGAUCUCAAAACUCAGAAAAGUGAUGAAGAUAAUACUAAUAAAGUAUUACUUUUAUCUAAUGUAACUGAAAUUAGUCCAAAAGUAGACAAUGAGGUGCCAGUUACAAGCAGCAAUAACCCAUUUAUUAACCCAUUCAGUGGUGAUAAAAGAUCUCAUAAUGAUUCACAAAUUCAGCAGAGCUUAUCAACUACAAAUCCGUUCCAUUCUGUCAAUUCCAAUCCAUUUUCUGGAAAUAACCCGUUCAGAAAUAUGGAUCAAGCAGUUACGGGUGAUGUGAUUACUAUAUCAAACAGUGAUACAACUUCAUCUAUUUCAUUAGACGAAGACGCUGUUAAGAAAACCAGCGCCAACAAGGAUACAGUUGAUCAGUCCCUUAAUCAGCUUUCCCCAUGGUUGGUUUCUACUGAUGUCGUCUCUACUCCAUCGAAUACAAAAAUAAAAACAAGCACACCGAUUGUACGUAAAUCUGUAAUAAUUACAGAAUUAUAAA